AAAUUAUUUGGAUGUAUAUCCUUAUGAUCGUUGGGGUGAAUCAAAUUUGCCAAAUUUUCAGAAAGGUGAAACAUUUAUACCUACCACAUGUGAAAUGCGAGAAGGACGUACUUCACCACCUGAAUAUUUGACUGAAGCAGAUUUAAUUAGUACUGACGCAACCAUUCAUGUACAUAUUGCUAAGAUAAUUGAACGAGAAUAUGCUAGAAAAGACUUUAGGAGUGGAAAAACUUAUAUAUUACCAUCAAACUUGGGUGUUGCACUAGUCGAAGGUUAUGACUCUAUUGGAUUUGAUAAGUCGUUGUCUAAACCAUUUUUGAGAAGAGAGAUGGAAUCAAAUUUUAAAAUGGUUUGUGAAGGACGAAAGCAGAAAGAAGAUUUGAUCAAAGAUAGCAUUGCCAUGUAUAAAGAUAUGUAUAUCAAGACAAGUGAAAAUGUUCAAAAAUUAGUUCGAGUAAGGAUUAAUUUUGAAUAUAAUAUCGUUUCUACCCGUUUAACAACGUCUGGGUCCAACCUUAACCCUGAUGUUUCUAAUAAUACGCCGCCUGAAAGACGUUCGAGGCCUGCGCAACCAACUAGAAGUUCUACAUCGUCGUUCCAAUCCGCUGCGGUUGAUUCAGAUCAUCCUAAAUGUCGAUGUGGACUCUAUGCUGCUUCUAAUAAGACAAUGUCUUUAGGAGCUAAUCAUGGAAGGCCUUAUUUUGCAUGCCCAAAGGCAGGUAAAAAAUGUACUUUUUUCCAAUGGGCAGAUGGAGCAUCGACUUCAAGCUCAGGUACUCGUCGAACUCAUGCGAGUAGUGACAGUAGUCCUGGAAAUGUUACAUGUUAUAAUUGUGGUGAAGCUGGUCAUUUCGCUAAUAUGUGUAAGGAAUCGAAGAGAACCAGAACAAACGCGACUAGUAGUAGUGCAGUCCAGUCAAGAAUGAGUACCUCUACGUGUUACAAAUGCAAUCAAGUUGGACACUGGUCAAACAACUGUCCAAAUGCAGCAUCCUCUUUUAAUGGGUCUCGUGGUCGUGGUUCAAAACGACGCGGACCUCAAGCACGUCGGAAAGAAAAAAAAGGAAACAGUUCUACGUGA